UCCAUCAUCCAUCCCUCGCAUUUGAUCGUUGUGCAUGGUCACCACGUAUUCACUGACAGGACAGCCUUACCUCCUGCGACGCGCCUCCCACGUACCCAGACCAUGAUCAGUAUAUAUCGACCCUCUGACGCGUCAACCACAACCUCGGACGAAUUUCCAUCCACCACAGCUGCCUCGCCUCAUCCCUAGUUCAGGCUGCCGUCAGUUUCACGCGGAUUCACGCCGCCACCCAGGAUGGACCUCGACCUGGAAGACGGCCUCUUUGUCGACGACCAUUCAACCUACGCCCAUUCACUCUACGCCGAGAGCGACGAGGACGUCGUCGAGGUCACGCCUUCCCCUGCUGCCCGCACCAACGCCCGCCCCCGCCGAAGCCGCCACAUCGACUACAGCGAGGCAUCCCAACCCAUCGUUCUGGGCGAUUCGAGCCCUCCGCCUGCGCGAUCCCCGACCCAGUCACACGAGAAUCGAGCGCCCACGUAUCUCGACUAUCUUGAGCCAGAAUUUGCCGAAUUCCUAAGGGCCUUGCCGGAUGUGGACGAGGAGUUCGCAGUCUACGAUACGUUGAGCGGGUUGCGCAACAGUCUCAGCAACCUUACAAGAAUAGCACGAGACACGGCCGAACCUAGUCUUGAUCCUCGCCACGACGACUCGACAACAGAACGACGAAGCCGUUCCGCCACCGCCGCCGCCAGCUCGACCACCCCAGGCGGACGACCUCACCACCACCAUCACCAUCAUCACCACCACCACCAUCAUCGCCGCCACCACCAUCACCACCCACGGCACGAUCCUCGCCACCACGCCCACGGCCGACGAGUUCCCAGGAUGAGCGCGGCGCCUGCCGCAGCGGACGGGGUCAUCGACCUGACAGCGGACGACGAUUCCUCUGUGGAGGUGCAGCCCCCUCUGCCGUCCUCCCAGCAGAGCAACAACCCCAGACGCAGUCGACCCAACCGCGUAUCGCCACCCACGCUCGCCCGCAGCGACGGCACCAUCUCCAGAUCCAACAUGCAGUCCUUUAUCGACCUGACGGGCGACGACGACGAGAUCAACGAGGUCUCCCACCGCCAUCCACCGCGUGCCCAGGCAUCGCCCGCCCGACGUCAGAGACCCGCGGGCCGCCUGCCCCGGCCAUCGCUCCCUCUCCCCCUACCGCCCUCCUCGGAUCUACUCGUCGACAUGGGCAUGGGACCUGGCCCCGCCCGACCGACGCCACCACGCGGCGGCGGGGCCCUCUCCUGGGCCGCCCGUCUAGGCAGCAUCAACGCCCUGCGGAACAUCACCUACAACUGGCGAGAUAUGAGACUGGACGUCACGGCCGGCACAUACCCGGCCGCGCAGAACGAGGCGCCCAAGCCGACUCGCGAGAAGACACCGCCCACGACUGAGGGAUUCACCCGCAACACAAACGCCGACCCGGAGGAGGACAUGGUCGCCGUCUGCCCGCUGUGCAGCGAGGAACUCGCCUACGAGACAGGCGUGGGACCGUCCGCCGCCGCGAGCAAGGCCUCGGGGUCCAGGAAGAGGAAACGGGCGCCGGAGCAUCACUUCUGGGCGCUCAAGAAAUGCGGCCACGUAUACUGCUACAAUUGCUUCGAGAGAAGGAAGGCGACAAAGAGCAAGACUAAGCCUUCGGCCGGCUUCCCGAGCUCAGGUGCCGCGAGCAACAUCCACUGCGCCGUCGACGGAUGUGAGACGCCCGUGUUGGCCAAGGGCGAAUGGGUGGGUGUCUACGUCUGAGGAGGGCAUCUUCUGGCGUUGCUUUUUCUUCCCUUUUGCCUUUUUGAUUUUCCUACCACACGAGCAUGGUGUUCAGGGGAGACGGCAUAGAUGCAGCGGGUCAUACAUGGCAGCCCGAGCUUGGUCCUUUUCUCUCUCAUAGGGCGGCAUUACACGCAUCUGUAGGAGUUCAUCUCAAAUUAAUUAUCACAUGCGGAGGUGCUGGUGAGCCACACCGUCGUGUCUAUCUUGCGUUUUCUAAUCAUUAAUUAACCUGUCCUCAGGCCAUUCGAAAAUCUCGA